CUUAAAAUUUAUUAAAUACAUAAUUUUAAUUUUAAUAAAUUUUGUAAUGCAUUUCUAUAGCAGCUCAUUGGCUUCUUCGGUUAUGCCCGAAACUUUCUCCCUCCCUUUGCGUCGCUUCCGCUCCGCUGGCUAUGCAGGCGCCGCCCUGGUGCAACAUGUGUUUGUUUUUGUUGGUCUGAAGGUGUCCGUUUUCAAGAGUGUGCGUUUUCAUUCACAAAAUUUUGACUUCAUUUUAGUUUUGACCACAACACCAGACAGUUGUAAGCGGCCGUGCAAGCGUAAAAAUUAAAAUUACUCAAGAAAUAAUAGCAAUAUCUUAAAACAAAAAUAAACCGGAAACUUAAACUAUGAAUAAUUUAAAAUUAUAAUAAUUUUAAACUAUUUGAUUUUCAACGAAAACCCAAAAAUAACAGUAAUUGCGUGACUCGUAGUUUCAACUCUUCAAAAGUUAAAUGCAUUUGUGUGUUGUGAAUGGUGAAGAGACAAAAUAAUUUAAAAGAUAGUCAGUUACAUGACUGAAUUAUUAACUUAAAUGUUUUUCUAAGCUGUGCUAUAAAUAUAGUUUUGAAAUUCCUUCGCAUCGAAACACAGGGUGACCAGGAGAUAGGCAUUUUAUAGCUCCAAUCGAUAGGUGAGACCGAUAGUUUGAAAAUAUCGAUGACAUUGAUGCUAACAUCGAUGUUUUCCCACCUCUACUUUAUUUUUAAAGAGACUUGUAAAUUCCGGAGGUUGGUCGCGGACGCAGACAUCGAGUAAAAUUCGACAGAAAACCGAGACAAGAUAUUCGAGACUAAUUCAAUCGCAAUGAAAUUAAUCGAAAUUUUAAUCUGUUCGUGACACUACAAAUUACAAAAUAAAGUGAAAAUAAUUUAGCAACAAAAUAAACACGCCCAUAAAGUGAUUAACGCUAUCGCCAGGCAAAAGCCGAUCAUCGGAGUUCUGCUACUGACGUGCAACGCUGUGGAAACAGAAAAUAGUUAAUUCGAAAUCGAAUUGCAAGACCGGUGAAAAGUUUUCUAAUAGCAAUUUGCCGCGAUAAAAUAAUUAAAACACGAAAAAAAAAAAAAAAAAACGAAACAAAAAUUGUUUCACGGUCUUCCGGAAACAAGCUGCCUGCUAUGAAAUCGAGUGCACGAUGCUGCUGAAGAAAAAACGCUUGAUGUGCGACCAGGGCGGCACCAUCGAAUCGCUCGCCGUCCCUGCAGUCGAGCCAAGCAGCAACAACAACAAAAUGGCCGAUACACGCGAAGUGCGCAUUGAAGAGCAAUUAAAAGUGAAAAUUGGCGAGGCAAAGAAUCUGAGCAGUCGCAAUGCGGCCAACACCAGCUGCAGCACACAGGGCACACGCGAUGUCUACUGCACCAUCGCCCUCGACCAGGAGGAGAUCUGCCGCACACCCACCAUCGAACGCACACUCAAUCCCUUCUUCGGCGAGGAGCAUCAGUUCAAGAUACCGCGUCGCUUCCGCUUCCUCUGCGUCUACGUGUGGGACCGGGACAUGAAGCAGGACAAGCCCAUUGGCAAGAUAGCGAUUAAGCGCGAGGAGCUCCAUAUGUACAACAACAAGGAUCACUGGUUCUCUUUGAGGCCAGUGGACUCGGAUUCAGAGGUCCAGGGCAUGGUCAACGUGGAGGUGAAAUUCGAGGAAGCCUCGACACAACCGCAAGGGGAGACCAUAGAACUGGGCCAGCACACACUGCCGCACAAUCAGAUGCACCACCACCACCACCAGCAGCGGGCGCACCUCAACGACUACAAGGAGAACAGCGAACUGAGCAUCAUCCAGCGCGCCUCAACCGGCAACAGUGGAAACCGCUCCGCGGGCAUCACACUCAAGACGAGAGCAGCCGGGCUCUUCGGGCACGUCCACCAUCCGGCCCCGGCGCAGACACAGCACUUCCAGCAGAUCGCCAACACCACCACCACGUCCUCGUCCACGGAUCAGCUGGCCAACUGGAAGGCCAGCUCACAGCCCAGGAUCGUGGGAGUGACCAUCCGAGUGCCGGCCUGCGUGGAUCUGGCCAAGAAGCAGGGCACCUGCGACCCGUUCGUGGUGUGCACAGCCCACUACAGCAACAAGCAGCAGGUGACCCGGAGCACCAAGCAGCGGAAGAAAACGGUGGACCCGGAGUUCGACGAGACCAUGUACUUCGAUCUGCACAUCGACGCCGAGGCGGGCAGCACGAACACAACGGGCAGCAAGAAGAGUACCAGCUCACUGGAGUCCACAGGCAACAAGGGGUACUCCAUCUAUCCCCUGGGAGGAGCGGAUCUGGUGGAAAUUGUGAUAAGCCUGUGGCACGACGCGCACGGCGCCAUGGCGGACAAAGUAUUCCUGGGGGAGGUGCGGCUGCCGAUGCUCAACAAACAGGAGCAGCAGGCGGUUCCAUCGUCGGCCUGGUACUACCUCCAGCCCCGGUCCAUCACUCACAGUUGCCGCUCGCUGAACGCCACUCCCCGAUCCUGCGCCACCCCACCCGGAACGCGGCUUAGUGUCGACUCCACCAUCGGAUCGCUGCGAUUGAACCUCAACUACACCGCCGAUCACGUCUUCCCGCUGGCCACCUACGAUGAUCUGCUGAACCUGCUCCUGGAGUCCGUGGUCCAGCGACCCAUCACAGUGUCGGCGGUGUCGAUUCUCGGGGAACUGGUCUCUGGGAAGACGGAGGUGGCCCAGCCGCUGGUCCGUCUCUUCACGCACACGGAGCACAUAGCGCCCAUCAUCAAGGCGCUGGCGGAUCACGAGAUCUCGCACCUCACCGAUCCCACGACGAUCUUUCGGGGCAACACCCUGGUGUCCAAGAUGAUGGACGAGGCCAUGAGGCUAUCCGGCCUGCACUAUCUCCACCAGACACUGCGGCCGGUGCUCUCCCAGAUUGUGUCCGAGAAGAAGCCCUGCGAGAUCGAUCCGAGCAAGGUGAAAGAUCGCUCGGCGGUGGACACGAAUCUGCACAACCUGAAGGACUACGUGGAGCGGGUGUUCGAGGCGAUAACAAAGAGUGCCAACCGCUGCCCCAAGGUGCUGUGCCAGAUCUUCCACGAGCUGCGGGAGUGUGCGGGCGAGCGGUUUCCCAGCAACCGGGAGGUGCGGUACUCUGUGGUCUCCGGGUUCAUCUUCCUGCGCUUCUUUGCGCCGGCUAUCCUGGGCCCGAAGCUCUUCGACCUGACCACCGAACGACUGGAUGCGCAAACGAAUCGCACUCUGACCCUGAUCUCCAAGACGAUCCAAUCGCUGGGCAACCUGGUCAGCUCCCGAUCAUCGCAGCAGCCCUGCAAGGAGGAGUAUACCGGCGAGCUGUACAAGAAGUUCUGCACGGAGCAGCAUGUGGAGGCAGUGAAGCACUUCCUGGAGGUGAUCUCGACGCCGCCGAGCCAAACGGCAACUGGCGUUCAUCCGGCGGCGGCGGCCGCUCCCCUUAAACCAGUAUUACUUAAAGAGGGCGAGGGCCUGAUGACCAAGUACCCCACCAGCCCCAAGCGAUUCCGACGACAGUUCAAGCAGCGAUACUUCCGGCUAACCACCCACUCGCUCGGCUACGCCAAGUCGAAGGGCAAGCAACCCAUCUGUGAUAUACCGCUCCAGGAGAUUGUCAGCGUGGAGCAGCUGAAGGACAAGAGUUUCAAGAUGCAGAACUGUUUUAAGAUCGUGUGCAACGACCGGUCGCUGAUCGUACAGACAACGAACUGUGUGGAGGAGCGCGAGUGGUUCGACCUGCUGCACAAAAUCUGCCUGAUGAACUCGGACCGGAUGCGGUACUUCCAUCCCUCGGCCUUUGUCGCCGGCUUCUACAGUUGCUGCAGUAGCUCCGACGAGAACUCGCCAGGCUGCAAGAAGGUCUCCGACAAGGAGAUGGACUACUUCCAGAUGGACUUGGUGACGGCCCUGGACCCGCCACUCGAUCUGCAGCGCAUCCACACGCUGAUCAUGUCCAACAUGAGCGUGCUGGAGUCUCUACUAGAUCCACUAACGUACCACCAACACCUCCAGCAGCCCCAGCACCAGCAACACAAUCCCCUCGUGCCACUGGCCACAGAGCUGCAGAAGCACUCGCCGCAGGCCUUCGCCGAGUUCAAGCGGACAAUCGAGAAGCUGAGAGAGAAGGCGUAUGCCAUCGAUCGGGAUCACCGGGAUUACAAGCAGGGCAUCACCAGGCAGCUGAAGUACGGUAGCAAGCAGGUGCCCAUCGGCGACGACAACUACUGGCACAUGAUGCGAGCAGCGGGCCAGCUGAACCAGCAACACCAUCAGCAGCAGCAGCAACAACAGCAGCAGCAACUGCAACAGUUCCAGCCGCAGCCAGUCCUGCCGCAAAUGCAGAAUGUCCGAGCCUAUCCCUACCAGGCGGCCACCAGCAACAUGAACGCCUACCAUCUCCACAACCUGCAGCACCAGCAACAACGAUUGCAGUCCCACCACCAGCAACAGCAGCAGCAACAACAGCUGCAGCUGCAGCACCAACCGGCACAGUUCCAGCCACUCCGAAGCCACCAGCUGCAGCGGCACAACAACAACCUGAACAACAACAACUGCGGCAACGUAUCGUCGUCGAGUCCUUCGUCGACCACCUCCAGUGUGGUGGCUGCACCGCCAAGCAGCACCUCAUCGUCCCAGCAACCGGCCCAGCCGAUUUAUUAGCGUCCAAGGCUGUGCGUAUUCGCGUUGCCGCGGGCCAUCAUCCCGACCAGGUGAAGCAGUGGUGGAAUACGCAACUUGAGUGGCAGGCAGCUUGCUUAGAGCGUUAAGAACAACCAGGAAGGAUAUGCUGUUGCAUGAACAGUUUAAUGUGCUUAUUUCUAGGCUCUUUUUUUUGUAUAAUUUGUACGAGUUUAACGUUAAGAGAAGGUCUAGAUUAAGUUUUUUAAUUGCCCCCCAUUUUUAUACACAAGAUUUUUACAGAAAACAACAGAAACCGAAACAGAAAACAGAAAACAGAAACAAGCAAAACAACAAAGAAAGAGAAAUCUAAAUAUUUAUAAGUCUAUUUAUUUUUUGUACGUGCUAACAUUAUUUAUACACAUGAGAAAAUCCAAAAGGGAGGAGGUCCUUAAACAGGUCCUCCGGAAACUGAUAACUCUUUAAGCCUAAGCCUAUUAACUAAAAAAAAAAACUAAAAACUCCGAAAUUGCGAAGAUUUUUUAAGCCUAGCCUUAGUUGAGAAAACACGAAAGUAGCGAAAUGAAACGUUGUAAAUAGCAACCUAUCCGUAAAAUAUAUAUAUUAUAUAUUUAACUCUAUAUAUAUAUAUGUAUAUGCGUAAUAUUACCUACAUUAUACCAGUUAUUUUAGGCGUAGCAAAAAUUUCUUUUAAACAAACAAAAAACUAACUAAUCUUAGGGGUGUUGCCCAGAGGCGAUGCGAGAACAAAAAGCAAAUAAUUCUAACAAAAAUGUGAAUGCUAUUUACAAACGAGAAAGAAAAAAGAAACCUACUUGCAUACAAAAUACAUCUAUCAUGUAUAUUUUACUUUAUAUAACUGUCAUACAGCUAUUAAUUUAAAAAAAAAUGCAAACAAAAAGCAUUGUUAAGAACAAAUUUACUUCCAUUUUGCAUAUACACAUCCACGCGUACAUAAGAUAUAUUUAUUAAAUGCAUUUAAUUUCAUGUUAAAUUUAAACAAAAAACAAAAAACAAUGAAACUUGUUGACGCAAACACUAUUUGGUUUAGCUUCGACACUUACUUCCACCGAUUUGUUUCCAAAGCUCUUCCAAUAUUAAUUACACACAUAUAUAGAAUUUAUGUUAAAUAUUAUUAAAAUUUGCCAUAUUUAGUUCUUUCAUGUUCAUGUUCUUCAUCAUUAUUAUAUCGUAUUGCAUUGAGAAUGUCUUCCUCCGCGUUUACGUAUUCUAAUUGCCUUUUGUUUAUGCAUUCCAAUAUUUUUGUGCAUUUCUUAAUUCUAAUUUUUGCAUAAUAUAUAUGUAUAUAUAAAGACGAAAGGAUGGAAUCCGAUCGGAGAAGCAUAUUUAAUUUUUUCCCCCGUAAUAUUAAUUUAAUCUGUUUGCAGUUACUACCGAUCUUUGGUUCAUUUAUAAUUUCAGUUGCAUUUUUAAGAGCAUAAUUUUGAUUUAAUUAUUACCAUGCCUAGCUCCUAAGUUGUUGGUACAAAGAAUCGAAAAUAUAUACUUUCUUUCUAGAUAUAUUUUCUAGUGGAAAAUAAAGCGUAUUGCCAAUGGA